AUGAAAACUAUGACAUUAACAGAAAGUGAAGAGCUCGGAGAUCUUCAAGGUUACGAACAUUUGAUCCCUGCUCCCAGACGUAGCUUAGCCCUACAACACUCGCUAGAAUCUAGUAAAGACACUAAAACUUCGAAACUUACAUUAGAUGAUAUUGACCUUACCCCAUUAGACACCACAUUUGAUAAACAAAUGUUCUUGGGCUUGCCCAUGUUUCUAGAAAAAGAAAGAGAGCCUGACAGGACACCAGUAAAUCGUUCUAUGAGAGCAAUAUAUGAUGAUCCACCAUCAGGGAUUUCUGAUAUUAUUCAAGCAGGGGAACUAAGGAAAAAAUACAUGUCUAUGUUGUCUCAAAGAAAUAAUUUAAACAAUUCAAAUAUAUCCCUGCAAAGUAUAGAACUGACCUCCGGAAGGAAAAAACUAUUACUAAUAACAAGAACAGUAGGAAAUGUAAAGCAUGUGACUUACCGAAGAGAUUCUGUAAAAAUGAGUAUAUUGGACAGUGAAAGAAUUGAAACUUUGAUAGCAGAAAAUGACAGUAACAUCCCUACGUUUAAUGAAUUUAAAAAUGAUUUUGAUUUCAUGGUGAAAUUAACACAGUCCCACAAUCUAAACAAGAUUGCAGGAAAACGAUUGCAAUAUCUGAAGGACAAAUUUGAACUAUAUCAAUCUUUGAAUGCCAAAACAGAAAUAUUACAAAAUAAAAUGGUUCCACAUAGAGAUUUUUAUAAUACCAGGAAAAUUGAUCAAAAUUUAUUACUAAGCGGCUGUAUAUCCCAACAUCAAUUGAAUGAUUUCAUUUGUAAGAAAAUUGCGACAGAUUCAGAAAGAGUAGUAUACAUCAAUUCAACAGGGAGUAAGUUCAAAUUGAAAGAUAUCUUCAAGAUUAUGAAUUCAUGUACGGAAGCUGUUCAUUUUAAUAUGAAGAUAAUAGAUGACGAAUUCUUAGAAUGGUAUCAUACUAGAUACCUUCCCAAUUAUCAUAUUAUUCCCUUCCAAGUUAUUGAUGAGGAAGCAUUGAAAGGCAAAACCUUAUAUUUUUUUCUAUUGGCAAAAACUUUCUUAGAAUUUGAUAACUCUAUAGAAGGAGAAUAUCUAGCUCAACUAUUAAAAGAACGUGUAAUUAACCCACUGGAAGAGUCAGUUUAUCAACUAGCCCAACUUUCAGUUGAUUUCCAAUUUUAUCCACUCGACAAGGAUAAGGAUUGGUGGUUUACUUUUUCAGAUUGGAUCGUUAGAUGGAAUUUGAUAUCACCUUAUAUACGAUGGAACAUUCAACUGUCAAGAUCGUAUAAAAAGCUAUUUAAGGUGGGAAGGGUAGAGAAUUUCCAAGAUUAUUUUGAUAUUAUAUUUAAUCCACUAUUAACUGCUGAUAAUGUGAACAACAGCAAUCUUCAGAUAUUUUUGUCUUCCGUUUGCUCAUUCGAUUUGCACACAAAUGUUACCGAUGAUUAUCUAUGGCAUUCCUUUUUAGACACUAAUUGUCUUCCUAAAUUAUGGACUGGCAAAGGUGAUAAUCCGACAAUAUCACAGUAUCUCUACUAUAUUUUUGUUAAUAUAUCCAAGAUAAAUAAUAUUCGAUUCAUUAAUUCCCAAAACACAUUUCUUUAUAGGAGCAAUUGUUCACCAUUGAAUAAUCAUACCUCACAAUUUAGUGACACAUUAUGCUUCACAACACUAUUAGAGUCCCUGAUUGGUAAUUUUUUGCUCUGUAACGGCGGGUUAUUAGAUUCUGAACCGAUUUGGCAAAAUCCUACACUUAUACCAUAUUUAUUUUACCUUUAUCAGAUCCCGAUAGUUACACAACCGUUAUCGUCUGCAACAAACAAUCGCUCUAAUAAACUUGACAUUUCAUCUCUUCAGAUGCCCGAAGCUGAUUCAUUUAGGAACGUAAUAAUGGAAGAGCAAUCAAAUUAUCUGGCAAACCCAUUCAUGACAUUUUUUAAAAUUGGUUUCAAAGUUUCUUUAUCUUCCAAGUCCAUUUUAUUCAAUAAUUCUUAUACCGCUGAACCAUUAGUGGAAGAAUAUGGAGUCGCAUCGCACAUUUAUUUAUUGAACGCUGCUGAUCUUUGUGAAUUGGCAAGGACAAGCGUGCAAUCUAGUGGAUAUGGAUCAUAUCAAAAGAGAAAUUGGUUAGGGAUAAGUAGCAGAAAAGGUGGGUUUUUUAAAGAUAAUAUGGGUUUUGUAGAUGUUUGGUAUGAUGUUGAAUAUGACACUUCGGAGAAACAUAACGUUCCGAUUUUGAGAAGAAAAUAUCGAUUUCAAACUUUGAAGCAAGAAUGGUUAUUUAUUAUGACUUCAAGUUAG